AUGAAGAAUUUUGAAGGAAGGAUAACCUUUGAGAAUGAUCGAUACAAGGUGCAUUUGCCAUGGAAGCUGCCACACCCAAUUCUUCCUGACAACUAUGAACUGAGCAUGAAGCGGUUGAGUAACCUACUCAAACGUAUGAACCAAGAUCCUGAAGUCUUGAAGCAGCUGAAAAAUGGCAUAGUUGAAGUUGUAGAUAAGCCAGCUGAUGGUGAAGUUGGGAAGACUCAUUACCUUCCGCAGCAUGCAGUUAUAAGACGAGAUGAGGCAACAACCAAGUUAAGAGUCGUAUAUGAUGCCUCAGCCAGAUCUUAUGGUGCAGCCUUGAACGAUUGUUUGUACACAGGGCCACCCCUUGCAGAGAACAUUUUUGACAUUCUCCUGAGAUUUCGAGCUAGCAGAAUAGCCCUUACUGGUGAUGUGGAGAAGGCGUUGCUGAUGGUUGGCAUUGCAGAGGAAGACAGUUGUUGUAAGUGUCACAGCAAAGUUCUAUGA